CAGGCGGAUCUCGCUCUCACAUUGUGUGAAAGGCAUCCGCUCACGUUGGGCUUUCCUCAAGUUAGUGCUUGCAGUGAUUCUACUCCCAUGAUCUUCGAUGAACAUCUCUAUACGUGGACCAUACGGUGGUAUCCGGCAGCCCCAGGUCAACGAAAUAUCCCGUUGUCUUUUUCACCUUUUUUGGAGAGAAAAAUGUCUACAAAUAAAGUACCUCAGUUUAUCCCACUACUGUAACUCAUUAUUUUAUCUCAGUGAACGAUUAUUUUUUUAUGAGAAAAAUGACCGUGGGAUAAUUGAAAAGCAUAUUUCAUUUGAGGAGGGUGGAUCAAUAAUAAAAUAAUUAAUUUUUAAUUAUUAAAUAAGCCAACGAGUGAUUCUGAAAUAUACGAGAAAAAAAAUCAGCGUGGAGAUUGGAGGAAACGAGGAUUUAUUUGCUCCUUCUCUCCCUACUCUUUAGUGACUUGUCACUUGUCACACCAGCGCAAUCAUGGAAGGACCAGAAGUUACAUUUUUGUUUCAAUUUGGACUGUUGCGUGAUACUGUUAGUGCAGAGGCACGUACUUUAACACUAAAAGGACUUAAGGAACACGCCUGUGAAUUCAUCAAUAGCAAGUGCCCGGAUCAUGGACUCACUCAGCUGUUUGAGAGACUCUUGUUAUUCAAGCAUGAUUAUAAUUCAACAAAUAUACUUCAUUUGAUUACAAAUGCUAUUGAAGUAGUUGAUGAGACACUCGUGGAGAUUGUACUCAGUGCACAAAUACCAACGGAGGAAGUUGUCGUCCGACCACACGCCCUGUCUGUUCACUCCUACAAAGCACCAACUUUUUGUGAUUUCUGUGGAGAAAUGCUUUUCGGAUUGGUUAGACAGGGAUUGAAAUGCGAGGGCUGUGGAAUGAAUUACCACAAACGUUGCGUUAUAAAAGUCCCCAACAACUGCAUGCAGGACACAAACCGACGCAGACGUAGCUCAACAUUACUCAACGUUCCAAGAUCCCCCAGUCAGGGGUCAACCAGCAGUUUGACGAGUGCCAGUGAUGAUAAUCAGAGUGCUGGCACAUCGUCCACAACAAGUUGUAAUAACACGAAUUUAUCAAUACCAUCGAUAAUAACCCCAAAACAGUCACGUUCACCUUCUCUCGGUGGAAGACCCGUUUGGGUUGAGCGAGAAAUGGCUAUGAGAAUUAAAAUUCCCCAUACGUUUGUUUUACAUUCGUAUACGAGACCGACUGUUUGUGGUUAUUGUAAAAAGUUGUUACGUGGACUGUUUAAACAGGGGUUGCAAUGCAAGGAUUGCCAAUACAAUGCCCAUAAGAAGUGUAUUGAGAAAAUACCCAAGGAUUGCACCGGGGAGAAUCCCAAAGAUAUUGGAGGUAACGAAUACACAGAUAGUGAUGUUGGCAGCGAGCCAGAGAGCAGAUGUGACGGAAAAAAUGAAGAGGGGGAUGGAGAUAGUGAUGCUGAGUCUCCGCCAAGAAAAUCACACAUUUUUUACGGGGAUGAUGGGGAAAAUCAGGUCAAUGGCGAAUAUAAUAAUCAGCUACCCAGUCAUGAUGAUGGAUCUCCGGAUGAUUGUAGGAAGUCUCAACCGUCUAGUUGUAGUUCAAGCCCCAGCAACAAUAUUCCUCUAAUGCGAAUCGUCCAAAGUAUAAAACACACUAAGCGCCGUGGCUCGAAAGUAUUGAAAGAAGGAUGGAUGGUUCACUUCACAAACCGCGAUCGGAUGAAACGCCGACACUAUUGGAGGCUGGAUUCCAAAGCAAUAAUGCUAUUUCAAAGUGAUACUGGAUCAAAAUACUACAAAGAAAUACCUUUAGCUGAGAUAUUGGGUAUAGAUACGGUUAGGCCACAAAUAACCCCUGAUUCUAAUCACUGCUUCGAACUUCGGACUGCAAAUGUUGAUUAUUAUGUGGGAGAAGAUCCACUCAAAACGGAUUCUAAUGCACAAUUACCACCGCCUGAAAGUGGUAUUGGAGCGCAUUUGGCUAGAUCCUGGGAGACCAGUAUUCGUCAUGCUUUGAUGCCUGUUACCAAUAAUUCUAAUAGCAACGAAAAUCAAUCGAGUGAAGCUGAAGACUCAGUAACCGAUAUGUCCCAAAUAUAUCAAAUCUUUCCCGAUGAAGUACUCGGCUCUGGACAAUUUGGAAUUGUCUACGGAGGGACUCAUCGUAAAACUGGUCGAGCAGUUGCGAUAAAAGUAAUUGACAAGCUUCGAUUUCCCACAAAACAAGAGGCACAACUUAAAAACGAAGUAGCAAUCCUACAAAAUUUAUCCCACAGCGGAGUUGUCAACCUUGAGAGAAUGUUCGAAACUCCAGAAAGAAUAUUUGUCGUAAUGGAGAAGCUCAAAGGUGACAUGCUGGAGAUGAUUCUAAACUCUGAGCGUGGAAGACUCAGCGAACGCAUUACAAAAUUCCUCAUAACUCAGAUUCUAGUUGCACUAAAACAUCUGCACAGUAAAAAUAUCGUUCAUUGUGAUCUCAAGCCUGAAAAUGUUCUCCUCAGUAGCAACAAUGAUUUUACGCAAGUGAAAUUGUGUGACUUUGGAUUUGCCAGAAUCAUCGGUGAGAAGAGCUUCAGAAGAAGUGUCGUGGGUACUCCAGCCUAUCUUGCACCAGAAGUAUUAAGAAAUAAAGGAUACAACCGAUCAUUGGACAUGUGGAGCGUUGGCGUUAUUGUUUAUGUUUCCCUGAGUGGAACUUUUCCGUUUAAUGAAGAUGAGGAUAUUAAUGAGCAAAUUCAGAACGCUGGAUUUAUGUAUCCACCGCACCCAUGGAAAGAAAUAUCUUCUGACGCCAUUGACUUGAUUAAUAAUUUAUUGCAAGUCAAGCAGAGGAAGAGAUUCACCGUUGAUAAAAGUCUAGCACACGUUUGGUUACAGGAUUAUCAAACAUGGUGUGAUCUUCGUCAACUAGAAGCACAAGUUGGCUGUCGUUACUUGACUCACGAGAGUGAUGAUGCCCGUUGGAUGGCACAUGAGGAGGUUCAACAGACAUGACACGACUACCUGCCUAAAAUCAACAUCGAAUCUUCAACAUUCUCACAUCCAUUCCACAAAGGUUGGGCUCGCUCAGCUCGAGCCACUCUACGUCGAUUCAUUCGUGCCUGAAUUAAUCAUUUCCAGCAAUAAGAAAGAAAUAUUUCCCCCUUAUGCACCUAUUGACAAAUAUUUUACCAACGAUGUAUCAAAUUUUAAGUUUAAGUUCAAAAAUUCAAAUCGUGUUUUCUACAGUUGUAUUACCAUAUCACUGAUGAGAACCAAUAAUGGAAUUUGAGGAGCAGCUGAAGUAAAAAAAAAAUAUAUAUUCCUGAAAGGCCUGUAGAGAUUUUAAUCAACUUGAAUCAUCGCUCUUGCUUCUUCUUCUUCUUCUUCUUCUUCUUCUUCGUCUUCUUACAGGAUUAAAAACUUUUAAAUGUUCCAAAUCUAACUGUACAUUCCAUCUAAGAAAUCAAUUGGGUUGGUGCAUGGAAUUUUUUUUAUUUGAUAAACUGAUGACAUUUAUAAAAGUACCAAUUUUGUCAGACAGCUCCUUGUGUCAAGGGAUUUUUUCGAAUUUGUAAAAAAGCUUCUUAUAGAAAAAAAAUUGCAGAUAUUAAUCUAAAACUAAGGCCACCACUUAACUAAUAUAUAAUUUACAAUGUAUUUAAUCACAUGUUGAGAGAUAGAAUUUAAAUUUCAUAAGAUUCAUUGUUGUUCGCUCGUGCGCAUUGUAAAUUAUUCACCGCGAUUUUUCGGUAUUUAUUGCAAUUUUUGUAUAAAAAUUAUGAAUGGAGAUUGAGAAAUACAUUGCUAAUGGACAAAAUGAAAAUUGCUAAUUACUAGGAGAAGUAAUUAUAGAUUUAUGAAUAACAUUCCAUUUUAGAUUGAGCAUUUUAGUAAUUAAUUCAUGGAUAAAGUAACCUGACAAUAUUCGAAUAGGGCAUAAAAAUUUGAGCUCAAACAUUCACCCAGCAAAUUGGACAACUAAAAUCAUUAUGCUAUUAUUGAUUGAUUGAGUUGUAUUUUUUUAAUUUCAUUCUCUGAUAACAGUAUAAUGAUAAUCAAACGAAUUGAUAUUCUGCAAAAUUUUAAAUUGUACCAAAUAACAGAGAUUCGUUUCUUUUCAUGACAAUUAAUAUUGUUUUUAUCUCGGCUAUGAUUCCAUUUAUUGAUUUAUUAAUUUUUAUCAAUUUUAAUUGCGACUGGUUGUGGGAUCUGAUACUACUAUUUUAUACGCUGUGUUUUUUAUAUGGGAAAUGUACAAGUACGUUGUGAAAUAUUCUUUAUUAUUAUUAUUAUUAUUAUUAUAAAAUAUGCAAUAAAUAAAUACUGUU